CGCGCCAUGGCCCGAAAGGCUGGGAGGCCGCCAGAGGAAACACUGUUGCUCUGGAAACGGGAGCAAGCCCUGUUGAAGACCCUUGUUGUGGACCGGGACACGGAGACGUGGCAACGGGACCCCGCCUUUUCGGGCCUGCAGAGGGUCGGGGGCGUGGACGUGUCCUUUGUGAAGGGCGACAGUGUCAGCGCCUGUGCCUCCCUGGUGGUGCUCAGCUACCCUGAGCCCGAGUUGAUGUAUGAGGACUGUCGCAUGGUCCUUUUUGUGGAUGGAAAUGGGGUGCUUCACCACCGAGGCUUUGGGGUGGCCUGCCACCUUGGUGUCCUCACAGACCUGUCCAGCAUCGGGGUGGCCAAGAAACUCCUGCAGGUGGACGGGCUGGAGAACAACGCUCUGCACAAGGAGAAGAUACGGCUCCUGAAGGCUGGAGGAGACUCAUUUCCUCUGAUGGGAGGUUCCGGGACCAUCCUGGGCAUGGCGCUGAAGAGCCACGACCACAGCACCAAGCCCCUCUGUGUCUCUGUGGGCCACAAAAUGAGCCUGGAGGCAGCCGUGCGCCUGACCCAUGGCUGCUGCAAGUUUCGGAUUCUGGAGGCCCUGCACCAGGCUGACAUCCACUCCCCAGACUACAUCCGCAGGACCCUGGGAGUCCAAGGGGCCCCUCUUGCGGCCGAAAGGAGCAAGAAGGCACAGAGGCCAAAGCCGUGCCCCCAGGGAGUCUCAGAAGAGCCCACAGAUUUAGAAAUUAUCCAUUGACUUUCUGCCAUGGGGCUUGAGAGUUUGUUCCCUCUCACAUAGCCUCUCAUACACUUUCCUUCCACCCAUCUUCUCAUUUUCAUUGAAUCAGAAUUCAAUGUCUGCGUUAUUCUUUCUUUGCACAUACUAC